AUGGAGCCCAUGAGCGGGGAAGAAGAAGACAUCUUCAGACGACUGUCUAUCGGAGACCGGAAUGUGUUACACAGAUCCCGAGGCAAUAGUACGGAUUCGGAAAGAAGUAGAACGGGAAUUAUGGAAUCAGACCGGAGGCCCAGUGUAUCGCCGGUUCCGGAACUGCCUAUGAUUGAAGAUGAAUCGCCGAAUAAGGAAGGUGGAUUGCCUGAUAAGGAAGGUGGAUUGCCGAAUAUGGAUUCGAAUCUCUCGCUCGAUAAGAGAGAAGACAAACGCAAAGUAACCAUCUACCGAGACCGCAAUAUGGUGUACAAACUAAUUGGCGAUAUAAAUGGCGACGGCUUUCUCGGGAAAGUGGAUUCGUUACAGAGCGCUGCUGACCUUGCAGCAAUGUACCCGGAGAUCAGAGGGUUUGUCUAUCACUCAGCCAGAAUGCCGGGGAAGUAUGCAGGGCGUGUUUAUGGCUGGAAUGAAGAAAGGUACGAAAGCGUAUAG